UUUCAGAACCCCGCGGAUGGCUGGUUCAAAUUGCUCACWCAAGAGGAGGGUGAAUACUACAAUGUGCCAUGCGCCGAUGCCACACAGGAUCUACUUAAACUCAAAAGUCAAAUGCAGAAAUCAUCACAAAAGAAACCACUGGUGAUGCGUAGCGAUACAAAUGCACAGACACAAUCUAAAAAGGAUAUGAUACGUGCUACCGAAUUCAAUUUCAUAAAAGUGCUGGGCAAAGGUUCAUUCGGCAAGGUCAUGUUGGCCGAGCGCAAGGGCACCGAAGAUCUCUUYGCCAUUAAAAUACUCAAAAAGGACGUCAUCAUACAGGACGAUGAUGUCGAGUGUACAAUGAUUGAGAAACGUGUUUUGGCCUUGGGUGAAAAGCCGCCGUUCCUAGUACAGCUGCACUCAUGCUUCCAAACAUUGGAUCGCCUCUUCUUUGUCAUGGAGUACGUUAAUGGAGGCGAUUUGAUGUUUCAAAUACAACAGUUCGGCAAGUUCAAGGAGCCGGUAGCUGUCUUUUACGCAGCCGAAAUAGCCGCCGGCCUCUUCUUUCUACACAGUAAAGGCAUUUUGUAUCGGGAUUUGAAAUUGGACAAUGUUCUCUUGGAUGCCGAUGGUCAUAUUAAAAUUGCCGACUUUGGCAUGUGUAAGGAGAAUAUUAUUGGUGAUAAGACAACAAAGACAUUCUGCGGCACACCCGACUACAUAGCACCCGAGAUCAUUCUAUAUCAACCCUACGGCAAAUCGGUAGAUUGGUGGGCUUAUGGCGUUUUGCUUUACGAAAUGCUUGUCGGCCAGCCGCCAAAAAUUCGGGGUAAUUUCCUCACSAARCAACCRAAUAAACGCCUYGGUUGUGGGCCCACCGGCGAGGCRGAUGUGCGUAUACAUCCGUUCUUYCGACGAAUCGAUUGGGAGAAAAUCGAGAAUCGUGAAGUUCAGCCGCCAUUUAAGCCCAAAAUUAAACAUCGCAAAGAUGUCUCGAAUUUCGAUAGGCAAUUCACUUCGGAGAAAACGGAUCUGACACCAACGGAUAAAUUAUUUAUGAUGAAUUUCGACCAAACGGAAUUUAGGGGUUUUUCCUACGUGAAUCCGGACUAUGCGGUGCCAGUUUAAAAGCACUGAAACUCCGCACACAAACACACACACCCAAAAGCACUUCGUUGGGCCAGCGUGCGUAAGAAUUGAAAGGACACAACCAGGUUAAGAAAAGCGAAAGCUCGGGAGGGAGUGAGAUAAAGCGUAUGCGAGGAUAUAACAUUGUUUAAACGGCAGCAAGCAAGUGCACUAGGAAAUCAAGGGUUAGUCAGCUGCAUUGUCGUUUGGUGCGUAAGUGUAUAUAUUGUUGCGGUGCGUGUUUUUCGAGCACACUGUACUGUCGUGUGAACGACGUGCCAUUAUAAGGCGCGAAAGCCACAGUGCGGAACUUUAAUCCACUAAAACCAACCUACCCCCAACUCAAGGCUAUCCCACGGAACCACCAAAUAAGGUAUUACUUUCUGGGAGUGACAAGACAUGUUGAGACUGACACCUAUUCUGCUGUAGAUGUUUUAGAAUUGUCGCAAUGGAAGUUACCGCUUCACGAACAGACGACUUUCUUCAUGAAUGGAGGGUAUUCGGGUGCAGCAUGUGAGAGGAAAAAGCUUCGAAAAUAUUACGUGUGGAGUUUUGGAAGAUUCAGCUAUCAAGCACAUGUAACGAAAUAUAAAAGUGCUCGGCAAGGGCUCUAUGCUGUAAAAGUGUUACGUAAAGAUGUCAUUAUACGAACAGAUGAUAUGGAAUUGCCCAUGACUGAGAAGAGAAGCAAACCAUCAUUUUUGGUCUCCCUACACUCGUGCUUUCAAACCAUGAUACCAAACUAUGAACCUUAUAACCACUCCGUCGAUUCGUGGUCUUUCGGUGUUUUGAUUUACGAAAUGUUGACGGAACGGAGGAGAACACGUUCAAAAAUAUUAAAGAUAAGAAAGCAGUCUUUCCGAAACACUUAUCUCAAAAGUUUAUGGAUGUGCUAACUAGCGUGAGUAAUUUUAGAAGAAGAGAACUCGUUGUCGACAGUGUCUUUUGCUUGUAAUUUCCUUGCUAAGAAGCCAAACAAUCGUUUAAGUGCCGGACGCUAUGCACGCUCUGAGGUAACCAUAUAUCCAUUCUUUAGGAAUAUUGACUGGUAUAAGACGGAAGCUAAGGAAAUGGAGCCACCUAUUGUGCCAAAAAUUGUAAACGCUGAGCUAAAGGCUUAA